UCAGACGGAGCACAAGUACUCUUACGUAGCUGUCCUGUAACAGUGAGAGGAACAGCACCACGGGCUUGUUCCGCGUUCAGCAAAUUCACCUGCGGGCUAAACCAUGUCCUUGAGCCCAAAGCACUCAACUCCUUUCUCAGUGACAGAUAUUUUGAGCCCUAUCGAAGAGACGUACAGAAAGUUUGGCGGCAUGGACAACACAGGGAACCUCGCGUCUCCGCUUGGCGCAUACCGACAAACUCAGGUGUCUCAUUCGGGAAUGCAACAGCACUCUUUGGGCCACAACACCGCAGUGGCGGCUACCUAUCACAUGCCACACAGUGUGUCUCAGUUUUCCAGUGCCAUGGGAGGAUACUGCAACGGGGGUAUCGGCAAUAUGGGAGACCUACCGUCGUACCAAGACACUGUGAGAAAUGGUGCAGCAGCAACGGCUUGGUAUAGCGCCAAUACCGAACCCCGAUACCCAACAAUUUCUAGAUUCAUGGGGGCUUCUACUGGGAUGAAUAUGGCCGGCAUGGGAGCGUUGGCAGGUAUGGACGCCACUAAGUCUAUGGUGACCUUACACUCUGCGCCCAGGAGAAAACGACGGGUGCUCUUCUCCCAGGCCCAAGUGUACGAGCUUGAGAGGCGGUUCAAGCAGCAGAAAUACCUCUCAGCGCCCGAGAGGGAACAUCUGGCGAGCAUGAUACACCUCACGCCGACCCAAGUCAAGAUCUGGUUCCAGAACCACAGGUACAAAAUGAAACGACAGGCGAAGGACAAAACUACACAGCAACUGCAACAAGAGAACGGUAACGCGUGCCCACAGCAACAGUCGCCAAGGCGGGUAGCCGUGCCAGUUCUCGUUAAGGAUGGGAAGCCCUGUCAGAACGGAUCCAGUACACCAACACCUAGUCAUCAGCAAGUUCAACAGCAAAAUAGCUCAGGUGAGCCGAUGGGAGCAUCUGGAAGUGCGGUCAAUCUUCAUCAAAAUCAGCAGGUGAACCCGUUAUCUUCGGCCGAAGAACUCGAGGAAAUGUCUCCAAGUCCGCCAAUUCUACACAGCCAGAUAAACAUGGGCCAGACAGACGCGGCCCUCAUCGAAUACACCAAUAACAUGAUUAAUUCAAACCUGCUUUACGGCAGAACUUGGUAGGACACAUUUCCUAUGUUUUAUAUAUUUGCUAUGGGGAACCCAACCACCUGGAUGCCAGUUACGAGCAAACACUCAAGGAUGGUGUUUUUUGUUCAUCUCGGACAAAGCGCUACUAUUAUUUUACAUUUUUGGGCAGUUUGAACCCCUUUGAAAAAAAUAAUCAACCAUGCAUGUUAACUUCUUGUCGUUCGAAUACCAUUAUGAAACUCGGAUGUUUGGGGGCUUACGGGUGAUGCGAUCUUUGGUCGUUUUAAAUCAAUCUCUUAAAAUGACCCAACGGUAUACAUCUUAUUAAACAAAAUCACACUGUAAACUAUUUAGAUUAACGAAUCAUAACUGUAUAUAGCUAACAAAUUUAAUGUCACCUGUAUUGUUUAACGAAAUAUUUGUUUGAAUAAUUUGUAAAAUACACAAUGUGAUUGCUGCUGCACAUACAAAUAUAUGAAUCACAAUCCAGUGGAUCCAUUACAAUAAAUCAAUGACAUUGGAGCAUUUCUGCUUGAAGACUGUUGACUGUCAGGUAGCCAUAUUGACUGAAGGUAAAACAACAAAUUACACUGUUUAUAUUUGUUCUAUACUUUGUAAAAUUAUUCGUUAUCCGUAAUUUGAUGUUUUCAUUACCAAUUUAAUUUCAACUGCGUCAAUAAACGGCUCUUUAUCGAAACUGUCAGAAAUGUGCACAUGCAAAUGAAUAAAUAUGCCAAGUUUCUGACGGCGAGGAGACAAAUUUUGACUGAAAGCAUAUGAGAUUUGUUCGUUUAUAAUAACGAAUUGCAAUAAUAAAGAUAAUUGGUUUCAAAAUGUAAAAAUAAAUAAAUGUACAAAAUAAUUAAUGAAAAAUCGGACAGAAAAGUAUAUCGUUUCAGAUGAUCAAAAGUAAAAUCUUUGUUUUUGAUGGGGGGGGUGAUUUAUGAGAUACAUUAGCUGUUUUGGGCCACUGGUGACUUGGCCAAACGUCUGAGCUUUGGUGAAAGGGAUUUAUCAAUUCAAUAGCGUAGAGUUAAUGUCAUAUAGGUACACAUUGUGUUACACAUUUGACACGUCAGCUAAU